CUUGUUCUGAUACCGAGCGUAAAGUUUCCGUUUUCACUCAGUGGCGAGAGCUUGUUUACUGAAUAUUAAUACAAAUACCGAAUGCCAGAAUUUCACAUUUCCAAGACUGUGCACCGAGCUGAGCGCGCAGUGGAGAAUUAGUUCUCUUUGGAUUGUCCUCCUUGCAUGUGGCACCGCGAGCUUUUUACUCUGAAGCGUAAUGAGUUGGUUUUAGCUUCUAUCCAGUGGUGUGACAUCUGGACUGUGACAGCAGGAUGGAUCCUUUAUUCAACACCACCGACAUACCACGUUUGACCACCGACUCCAACGGCACAAACGGGACCGAGCACCGGAACCAGUUCGUGCAGCCGGUCUGGAGGAUCGCUAUUUGGGCAAUCGCGUACAGUUGCAUAGUGAUCGUGUCCGUGGUGGGUAACAUCAUAGUGAUUUGGAUUAUCAUGGCGCAUAAACGCAUGAGGACUGUGACCAACUAUUUCCUGCUGAACCUGGCGUUCGCCGAAGCCUCCAUGUCCGCCUUCAACACGGUGAUCAACUUCACCUACGCCGUGCACAACGAGUGGUACUUCGGACUGGUCUACUGCCGCUUCCACAAUUUCUUUCCCAUCGCGGCAGUCUUUGCCAGCAUCUACUCUAUGACUGCCAUCGCCCUGGACAGGUACAUGGCCAUCAUCCACCCUCUUCAGCAGCGCAUGUCGUCCACAGAGACCAAGGUGGUGGUGGGUGUCAUCUGGGUGCUUGCCUUGCUCCUGGCCUUCCCUCAGUACUACUACUCCACCACACACCAGCUCCCCGACCGCGUGGUGUGCUACAUCGACUGGCCUGAAUUCACUGGCUGCGACUUUAAAAAGAUGUACUACGUGUGUGUAGCCAUUCUGCUCUACUUCCUUCCCCUGCUGGUGAUGGGUUGUGCUUACCUGGUGGUGGGACUGACCCUCUGGGCGAGUGAGAUCCCUGGAGACUCUUCUGACCGCUACAAGGAGCAACUGACGGCGAAGCGCAAGGUGGUGAAAAUGAUGAUUGUGGUUGUUUGCACUUUUGCAAUCUGCUGGCUACCCUUCCACGUCUACUUCCUGCUGCACCAGUUCUUUCCUGACAUGUUUGAAGAAAGAUUCAUCCAGCAGGUUUACCUGGCCAUCAUGUGGCUUGCCAUGAGCUCCACCAUGUACAACCCAAUCAUAUACUGCUGCCUCAACGACAGGUUCCGUGCUGGUUUUAAACAAGCUUUCCACUGCUGCCCCUGUGUGCCUCAAGGCUCUUAUGAAGGUCUGGAACUCAAAUCUACCCGCUACCUUCAGACCCAGACGAGUGUUUACAAGGCCAGUCGGAUGGAGACGACUGUGUCUACAGUUCUCCAGGUUGGAGAGGAUAUGGAGCCGCCAAAGGUCAAGGUGAUGGGAGGUCCAGGUGCUGCAGUCAGGACCAGACCACAUAGCUCCUCUCUGGAUCUCACUUCAAACGGGUCAUCAUCCAGGAGCGUCUCCAAAACCCUCUCAGAGACGUCCAGUUUCUAUUCCAGCAACAACUUGCAGGAAUAG